AUGGGUAUCCAAUGCCUUCUUCAAUCUCUUAAAUCUAUCCAGACCAAUAUUUCCAUUGCAAAAUAUUCUGGAACGACAGUUGGCGUGGACGCAUAUUGUUGGCUUCACAAGGGUAUUCACACGUGCAUGAGCGAGCUUGUCUGGAAUAGACCUACCACAAAAUACGUAGAUUAUUGCAUGAAGCGUGUACAAAUGUUGAAGAGCUACGGUGUCCGCCCAUUCAUUGUUUUUGAUGGUGGAUUAUUACCGGCAAAACUUAACACAGAAACAAAACGUAAACUAAAACGCGAAGAGUAUCGCCGUCUAGGUCAAGAACUUUUUAAAAAGGGACGCGUUCGAGAAGCCAGGAAUUUUUUAGAGAAAAGCGUUGAUGUUACUCCGGAGAUGGCAUACAAAUUUAUUCAAGCUCUGCGAGCUGAAAAAGUGGAAUACAUGGUGGCACCUUAUGAGGCAGAUGCGCAAUUAGCAUACCUUGAAAAGAAAGAUCGAAUCAAAGCCAUAAUCACAGAAGAUUCUGAUUUGCUCGUAUUUGGAUGCAAGACGGUGAUUUACAAGUUGGAUUCAGACGGGAGUUGCGUCGAAAUUUGUCGGGAUAAUUUCGGAAAAGUACAAGAGAUAAACAUGGUUGGUUGGACCGAUGUGCAAUUUCGUCACAUGACGAUGCUAUCUGGUUGCGAUUAUUUACCGUCAAUCGUGGGAAUUGGACUUAAAUCUGCUUACAAAUAUAUAAGGAGAUAUCGAACCGCCGACAAGGUGUUGGUUCUUUUACGAGCUGAUGGAAGAUUGGAAAUACCACCGGAUUAUCUAGCUAAUUUUAAACGUGCGGAAAUGGCAUUUUUGUACCAACGCGUUUUUGACAUCGAUACUCAACGCCUGGUAACACUAAAUCCAAUUCCCGAAGGUAUUGACAUCACACAAGAUAACGAAUACAUUGGAUCGGAUCUUGAGCCCAUCAUAGCAGCUGGUAUCGCGACCGGUGAUCUUAAUCCGUUCACCAAACAGCCAAUGUUAGAUGUGACAUCCGAGGGAGCCGGUUUCGGCCCAGAAUAUAGUAGUGAGGCUAACUGGUAUUCAGUAAUUCCUACUUCCUAUGGAGAAGAAUAUCAAGUCGCUUUUCAGUCACUUGCGGAAGGUGAAAGCUUGCCCGAGGUUUUGAAUAAAAUUAAUGAUGAUUCAAUAGUGCAAACGCCCUAUAAACGUUUUGAGGAGGCCACUCUCGAAUCCGAAAGAAAAUCAAAUAUUCAACACACUGAUAACAUGAAACAAGUAGAAGACAAAGUCCAAGGAGUAGAUUCGCCAAUGAACAAUAACAAAAAAUGCUUGAAUCGGCGGUCAACAUCACAUUCUGAAGAUGUAUUCGAAGAAAACUUGAAACGAGUCGUCAAUGGUUGGACCAAAAAAUAUUCCCGCGUACAUAUGCACGAAGAAAAAAUGUCUACGGAUAAAAAUGAGAAUCGACACCAAAUGAACUUAACCGCCUCAUUACAGAAGAAUACACACGUAAUGGGUAAAAGGAAAGACGCGGAACCUAUUAAUAAGCCAUUUGCUAAAAAAAAACGCUCUAUGAGCAUUAAUAAAACCGGGAGAGGUGGUGGUAUAACACGCGGUGGUGGAACCAGGGGUCGGGGUGGUAGAGGGGCUGGUGGUCGAAAACCAAGUAUACAUCGUCAACACUCCUUGCAAGAGAUAUCGGAAGGAUCGAAUUUAUAUUCAGCUGCGACUACACCAGCACCUAGCACCGCACCUUCAACACCUCGUGAACCCUUUAUUCCUUCCGUUCCGCAAACACCAG